AAAUAUAAAAAAAUAUGAAUUCUUAAUCAAAAUUCGGCAAAAGUAUGCGUCCAGAAGAAGAAUUAGAAUAUGGAAAUACAUAAAAAGGUUUUAAUAAUACUUAAUCUUAAUUCGGGACAAAUCCAGCUUCUUUAAAAGGAAAAUUAAUGUCAUUAGAAGAAAUGAUUAAAGGCAUUGCUGAAGAAAUGAACUUCCAUAAAAAAGAAGUUUAAAUUUUAAAAAGUGAAAAGGAUACUUUAUAAUCAGUUUUAUCCAUGAAAACUUAAGAUGUAAAAAAAACAUUAACAAAUGAAUUAAUGAGAAUUGAAGAAGAAAUGAAAAGGCAUUUUGCACAUUAAAAAGCUGAAAAUGCAAGACUAUAAUAAUAAAUUACAUCUUUAAAAGGAGAAAAAACGGCACUUUAAUAAUAACUUUUAGGCCUUUAAAGAAGAAUUACUGAAUUGGAAUUAUAGGUUGGAAAUGAAGAAAAUAAUUGAAAAUUUAAUUUAUAUAAUUUAAUCGUUUUUUUUAUAU